AUUAACUGUUGAAAGGAUGACUAAAUCAACUCCUGAGCUCCGCAGUCAAUGACCGACCUCAACCUCGAUCGCUUUCUUCUACUGUGCAUCUUCAGGAGCCCAGUGAUGGGCAGCAAGCGGCGGCAACCUCUUAUCCUUGCGCAGGAUGCCCUGAAUGCAUCAAUCGAACUACCCAUCCCAUUCAUCACAGCGCGCCGAAUCCCUCGAUGCACGCCUCGCACGUCCUCCGAUUCUGACAAGGAUCCUAGCUGCGCGUCGUGCACAGACUGCACAUGUAGGAGACCUUGUGGCUGGCUUUGUGGAGCGUACAGAGAGGGGUGUCAACAUGAGUCGACAAGAGCAGGCGGUGUUGUGGUGGAUACAAGACACAAUUUGCUCGUUCACAGCUAUCCUCAGACUGGCGAGGAAGUACCAGGGACAAGUGCGAAAGAGGUGUAUGUUGACGAUGCAAAGAAGAGCGAGACGGUGGAAUCGGAUGCCACAUUGACGCAACUCACGACGUCGAUAUCGACCAUGAGCAGCAAUGGCGAGGCCGAUGCAUACAGCGGACUGUUACUAUGCAGUGCAGCAUUCAAAGAGUAUCUCGACAGCUUGAAUCAAAUGGCCUACCAGCGGACUUAUGCGGCUCCUGGAGCGCAUGACAGUACAGACAAGGGCAUUCAGAAGAAGUGCAAAGCAGAGAUCAGAAGCGUCGAGGGAUCUGUAUUGAAUGCAAGGGACUUUUCAAGUCCAAUGAUAUCGCAGCAGCAACAUCACGAACGGACGAGUGUGGCC